UUCUCUUAUUUAUUUUGACGACCUAGGUUCGAAACCCAUUGUUCUCUUUUUUCCUCUCAUUUUAUUUUUAAAUCGUAAUCGUCUUCAGCACCUCGCCGGAAAGUUGACCGGCAUGGAUGAAGAUCAACCGUCUCCCACUCGAAGGAAGGCAAAGUUCACCCCAAAAGCUCCUCCUCAAAGGAGACCCAGACCUACUCUUCCCAAAACUGAAGUUUCUGAUAAAAAUAAGGAUGAAGAAGCUGAAGCACGGAAGCUCAUGCGCAUAUUCAAUGAGAAUUUAGGAAGACAAGUACCUAAAGCUGAGAAACAAUCUACGGUACAGGUUGCCUUUGGGCCAGGAGCUACAUCAUCAACUUCUAUCAGGACAUUUGGUGCUCCGAAAGGUAAGAAUACCGUUAAGCCAGGGUUUAAUGAAUCUUCAGUCGGUGAUGGAAGCGUUGUCAUUUCAUCACUAUCAACUGCCAACGAAGAUGGAACUACGAAUUUUGAUUUAGGUGAUAAUGAAGCACUGCCCCUGAAAAUCAAGAAAGACUAUAGAGAACCUUGGGACUACAACCAGACGUACUAUCCGACAACUCUUCCUUUGAGACGGCCUAACUCUGGUGACCCAGAACUUCUUGAUGAGGCUGAGUUUGGGAAGGCUGCAAGGGAAUUGGAGUAUGAUGAGAACACUAUCAAUGCUGCUUCAGAUCUCGGACUGUUGGAGGAAUGUGACAAAGAAAGAUUGAUUUUCUUUCAACUUCCUGACAAGCUACCCUUUGUCAAGCACCCAGCUAGUGCAAAGGGAAAAGAGAAAGCUAAAGGCUCAAUUCCGUCACAGGACCAGAGUGCUACAAGGAAGGAAAGCAGUUUCGAAGAGUUAUCAGGGGGAUACAUGGGCAAAAUGCUGGUUUACAGGAGCGGAGCGGUGAAGCUGAAGCUAGGUGGUACCCUAUAUGAUGUGUCGCCAGGUUCAGAUUGCAUUUUUGCGCAAGAUGUGAUGGCUAUUGACACUACAGCCAAACACUGUUGCACCCUUGGUGAACUUGCGAAACGCGCUACUGUGACUCCAGAUGUUGAUUCUCUCUUAAAUUCUGUGAUCAAUUUGAGCUAAUUGCAUACUACUUGAUUCAGUAGGUUAACGAUGUUCAUAGAUUACAAUUAGGCAAAACAUUAGACUUAGUAUGUAUAUGGCGUAAAUAGGCAAACAUGAAACUAUGCAAUUGCAAAUGAUAUUGUUGAACUAUACCAUGAGAUUAAUAGCAGGAACUAUUAAUGGUUAAA